UUUCUUGCUCCUCUCCACUCUUCAGCUCUCUUCCCCUUCCAUCACUCCCCCACACCCACCACCAACUCCCCAAGCGCUCGCUAUGGCAGCACCCACGGGAGCUUGCGGCUCCAACUCCCCUUCUUCAACGUGCUAGCGUUCUUAGCUGGUGACUAUGGCGGCGGUGGCGAGCAGGGAGAGGCUCUCCCCGGGCUCCGCGCCGCAGGUGGACACGGGCAAGUACGUGCGGUACACACCGGAGCAGGUGGAGGCGCUGGAGCGCGUCUACAGCGAGUGCCCCAAGCCCAGCUCGCUGCGCCGGCAGCAGCUCAUCAGGGACUGCCCCAUCCUCAGCAACAUCGAGCCCAAGCAGAUCAAGGUCUGGUUCCAGAACCGCAGAUGCCGGGAGAAGCAGCGCAAGGAGGCCUCUCGCCUGCAAACUGUGAAUCGGAAGCUGAGUGCAAUGAAUAAGCUGUUGAUGGAGGAGAAUGACCGGCUGCAGAAACAGGUGUCCCGUCUCGUCUAUGACAACGGGUACAUGAAGAAUCAACUUCACAGUCCUUCUGUAGCCACCACAGACACAAGCUGUGAGUCUGUGGUGACAAGUAGUCAGCACUACCAACCGCAAAACCCAGCAGUUCCGCCUCCUCCAAAAAGGGACGCGAACAACCCAGCAGGUCUACUCGCUAUCGCUGAGGAGACCUUGGCAGAGUUCAUGUCCAAGGCGACUGGCACUGCCGUCAACUGGGUGCAAAUGGUUGGGAUGAAGCCUGGUCCGGAUUCCAUUGGAAUCAUCGCUGUUUCACACAACUGCAGUGGCGUAGCAGCACGAGCUUGCGGCCUUGUGAGCCUUGAGCCCACAAAGGUUGCGGAGAUCCUUAAGGAUCGCCCAUCGUGGUAUCGCGAUUGUCGGCAUGUUGAAAUCGUCCAUGUUGUACCUACGGGUAAUGGUGGAACGAUUGAGCUCAUCUAUAUGCAGACAUAUGCCCUGACAACUCUGACGGGACCGCGCGACUUUUGGACGCUCCGAUACACCAGUGGUCUUGACGAUGGCAGUCUUGUGAUCUGUGAAAGGUCAUUGACUCAGUCCACUGGAGGUCCUUGUGGACCUAAUGCUCCGACAUUUAUCAGAGCUGAGGUCCUACCUAGUGGUUAUCUUAUUCGACCAUGCGAUGGGGGAGGCUCCAUGAUUUACAUUGUGGAUCAUGUUGAUCUGAAUGCUAAGAGUGUGCCUGAGGUUCUUCGACCACUCUAUGAAUCACCUAAGAUACUGGCGCAGAAGAUGACUGCUGCGGCGUUGCGACACAUUAGGCAAAUUGCACAUGAAUCAAGUGGUGAAAUCCCCUAUGGUGCUGGGCGCCAGCCAGCUGUUCUCAGAACCUUCAGUCAAAGGCUCAGCAGAGGCUUCAAUGAUGCUGUGAGUGGUUUUCCAGAUGAUGGCUGGUCUCCUUUGUUGAGCAGUGAUGGCCCUGAGGAUAUUACAAUUACAGUCAACUCAUCUCCAAACAAACUUGUUGGAUCUCAUGUCAGCCCCUCCCCAUUCUUUUCUGCUAUAGGGAGUGGCAUUAUGUGCGCGAAAGCAUCGAUGCUAUUGCAGAAUGUGCCACCUGCCCUACUUGUGCAAUUCCUGAGGGAGCAUCGGUCUGAAUGGACUGAUCCUGGUGUUGAUGCUUAUUCUGCUGCCUCUUUGAGGGCCAACCCAUAUGCUGUUCCAGGUCUAAGGGCUGGUGGGUUUAUAGGCAACCAGGUUAUACUACCCCUUGCUCGUACCUUGGAGCAUGAAGAGUCCUUGGAGGUUAUUAGGCUUGAGGGACAUGGCUUUAGCCAUGAUGAGGUGCUUUUGUCUCGAGAUAUGUUCCUUCUGCAGCUUUGCAGCGGGGUUGAUGAGAAUGCUCCUGGUGCAUGUGCACAGCUUGUCUUUGCACCUAUCGAUGAAUCUUUUGCUGAUGAUGCGCCAUUGCUACCCUCAGGCUUCCGUGUUAUACCCCUGGACGAUAAAAUGGACAUGCCUUCUGCCACACGCACACUAGACCUUGCUUCGGCCCUUGAGGUUGGAUCAGGUGCAGGCUUGCGUGCCCCAAGCAACGCAUCGGGCGCAUGUACCACAAGAUCAGUCCUGACUAUUGCAUUUCAGUUCUCGUUCGAGAACCACCUUCGUGAAAGCGUAGCAGCAAUGGCCAGGCAGUAUGUCAGGGGUGUGAUGGCAUCUGUGCAGAGGGUGGCCAUGGCAAUUGCUCCCACCCGCCUUGGCUCACAUAUCCAACUGAAGCAUCCGCAUCCACCGGGCUCUCCUGAGGCACUUGCACUAGCUACGUGGAUUGCCAAGAGCUACAGGGUGCACACUGGAAUGGAGAUCCGCUGGUCGGACACUGAAGGCGCUGAAAAUCCUCUGAUGCCUUUCUGGAAGCACAGUGAUGCAAUACUCUGCUGCUCUCUGAAGCCUCCCUUCACGCUCAAGUUUGCCAAUAGUGCUGGCUUCGACAUCCUGGAGUCGACGAUGGUGAACAUCCAGGACAUGCCACUGGAGGCUGUCCUCGACGACGAGGGGCGAAAGGCGCUGUUCACUGAGCUCCCCAAGAUCAUGCAGCAGGGCUGGGCGUACCUCCCCGGCGGCGCGUGCCAGUCGAGCAUGGGGCGGCAGGCAUCGUACGAGCAGGUGGUGACCUGGAAGGUUGUUGGCGACGACGGCGUGCCGCAGGGCCUUGCGCUCAUGCUCUCCAACUGGACCUUCAUCUGAAGCUGCUCCUGAGCUUUCGGCCUCACCAUUUUCAUCAGAUGGUGACUGUAUCCUACUCUACUACGUAGUUUGCUUGCAUCGCACCUGUUUGCAUGUUGUGUGUGCUGUAAUGACUGGAGACCUGAAAUGUCUGCUGCUCCUGCUACGUUCUAAGUUGAUGCUGUAUCCUCUGGAUCAAGACAGUGCUGCUGCAACUUGUGUGAGGUUAAAGACCUAGUAUUAUCCUUGUCAUGAGAUGUAUUGGUGAGCUUGGACCAUGCCAUGGUUUCAGUGGUGUUGUGCUGUUCAGUGUUCAGGACAAUUCAGAGAUUGAAGAAGUCUGCUUGAUGCAGUGUUUCUGUAAA